CCUACCCCGGCAUGCGUGCCCCGGGCCCCCCUCGUCUGACUCUAACCCCCGCCUCCCCGUCUCAGGCUCACCUCGUCGCUGUCGCGCCGGGACCCAACCCAACCCCAAUCCCCUAAACCCUAGCGCUGCCGCCGCCGGCAUGCUGCGCCGCCUCGCCGCCGUUGCCCCGCGGGCCUUCUCCUCCUCCUCCUCCCCGCACGCGCCGCCGAUGGCGGCGUCGGGCUACUCCCCGCGCCGCGAGUAUGGGCUGGUGCCCAUGGUGAUCGAGCACACCUCGCGCGGGGAGCGGGCCUACGACAUAUUCUCGCGCCUGCUCAAGGAGCGCAUCGUCUGCAUCCACGGGCCCAUCACCGAUGACACGGCCUCGCUCGUCGUCGCGCAGCUGCUCUUCCUUGAGUCCGAGAACCCCGCCAAGCCCGUCCACCUCUACAUCAACUCCCCCGGCGGCGUCAUCACCGCGGGCCUCGCCAUCUACGACACCAUGCAGUACAUCCGCUCCCCCGUCACCACGCUCUGCAUCGGCCAGGCCGCGUCCAUGGCCUCGCUCCUCCUCGCCGCUGGCGGGCGCGGAGAGAGGCGGGCGCUGCCCAACGCGCGGGUCAUGAUCCACCAGCCCUCGGGCGGCGCCUCGGGCCAGGCGUCCGACAUCGCCAUCCACGCCAAGGAGAUCCUCAAGGUGCGCGACCGGCUCAACAAGAUCUAUGCGAAGCACACAGGGCGGGCCAUCGACAGCAUCGAGCAGUGCAUGGAGCGGGAUAUGUUUAUGGACCCAGAGGAGGCGCAUGAUUGGGGGCUCAUCGACGAGGUCAUCGAGCACCGCCCUGUCUCGCUUGUGGCUGAUGCCGUCGGCAGUGAUCUGCCGAACCUUGGUGGAGGCGGAGGUGGGGCGGAUAAGGGAACGGAGGAGCCAUCCCCCCCGGCCUGAUGGAUGGUCACAAGUCCUGAUCCGUGGUUUUGUUAAAGACUAGUUGAAUGCCCAUAUGUUGCGACAUGAGCUGAAAAUUUGCACAGUGGGGAGCAGGAGCUGGUGUGGUGGCCGGGCGGGGUAGCCCUAACCCUAACCACCGCCUGGCCCUCCUUUUAUCCCGCGCACCCCCUCCCCGCUUGGGCCAUGGGCCGCAAAGGCCUUAGCCCAGGUUGCUUCAGCUCGGGCAGGACGUGGAGGCAGAACACAGAGGGUGUAGGAAGGCUUCAGGAACCACUUCGUAUUUUUUAAGUAGAAGAGACUUAUUAGUGUUUGUCUGAAAUCAAUCUGUCCUGUUUAAAGGAUCAAAAAUCACAUCCUCAUUUUGUAUUGGGGCUUACCAUUGCACGAAUUCUGAAUUGCUUAUAUCAUUGUAUACUGUCUUUUGUACUGUUAGUUGUGUUGUGACUAUUAGCUUUAUGUGAUGUUAUUGUACGAAGUAAGUUUGACAGUUCUUCAAUGCUGUGCCAUCGGCUCAAAGGCAGUUUUGUCUAAUGAGAAUUGAGUGAGGCUUUCAGUUUAUUUCUUUCGUUGGCAUAUUAGGAUACUCAAUUUUCUAUAUCAGAAAUUGGAAGGUUAAAAUGAUACGUGCCAUUAGUCAAUAAUAUUCAUCCUUUUAACCAUAUCUCUUAUGCAUGAAUAUUUCUAGUAUUGUCCUCAUGAUAUACUAAUACACAUGAAACUGAGCCUAGUCAUGCUAUGUGGACUAAAUGGUUAAACCACUGAAUGUUCGGAUAAACUGGAAAUGCAGGCUGAUCCCCAUAUUUCUGAACUCUGAGUAUGGCUUCUCUGUUGAAGCCUACAAAGCUUGUAGCAGUAUAACAGGUUGUGACAGUUUUGGGAUCAUUAGGAGCUUUCAAGGACCUAACUCUUAUAGCUAACACCACAAAUAACUGAACAUUCUGAGACGCUGACAACAAUAUGUGUUUCAUUUAGAGCUUACUAGGGCUUAGAUUCGGUCAAAUAAUUUGGUGCAUCUG